AUGGGGUUCUCCAGAACCUAUUUAAUCACUUAUCUUCUUCUCUUUGUCCCUUAUGCAACCUCAAUUACAUUCAACUUGACUAAUAUUGGUCCUCAGAAUCAGCAGGACAUAGUAAUGGAAGGUAAUGGAACUAAUAUUUCCAACGAUGAAAUUCGCUUGACCCCAGAUGAUAUAAUUAACUCCAAUCAGAGCAGAAAAACUGGGCGGGCGAUUUAUAGACAACGACUUCACCUUUGGGACAGCAGAUCAAAUGAGCUAGCAAGCUUCUCUACCAAUUUCACCUUUGCAAUUGACUCCGAAGGGCGUUCAUAUUAUGGGGAUGGCCUGACUUUCUUUAUUGCACAAAAUAAUUCUGUGAUUACACCUGGUAGUGCCAUGGGGCUUCCAAUUAAUGUAUCAACUAAUCGGCCAACAAAUCAAUUUGUUGCAGUGGAGUUUGAUACUUUUUGGAACCGUAACUGGGAUCCAACAGACUCUAGCAAUACUUCUGUUGGUGAUCAUGUUGGUAUCAGCAUCAGCUCUCUUAUAUCUGUUAGGUCUCAAAAAUGGUUAAGCAAUGUAAGUGGUGGCGGAGAGUGUCAAAGUUGGAUUACAUAUGAUUCUGUUUCAAAAAAUCUUAGUGUUUCCUUCACUGGUUAUCAAAACAAUACAGUUGUACGUCAAGAUGGACUUGUUUUCACAGUUGAUCUCAGGAGUGUGUUACCCGAAUGGGUUAUUUUUGGGUUUUCAGCAGCGAAUGGAGCUCUGGUCCAGAAAAAUACGGUUAAAUCUUGGACUUUCAAUAGUUCAAAUCUACCAGGUGAUGAAAACAACGAGCUGCCACCAGUCCCGAGCCCUGAUCCAGUAAAUAGGAAAAAUAGCAAUAGGAGGGUUGUUUUAAUGGUGGGUAUAAUAGUUGGAGUACCAAUUACUAUGGCUUUUCUUGGAGUGCUUGCAUUCAUUUUGUGGAGAAGGAACAAAAGGAGGGUUGACGAAACAGAAGAAAGUGGAUUUGCUAUGGAGAUGAACAAGGAACUUAAAAUUGGCACUGGGCCGAAACAAUUCUCUUACCAGGAAUUAGUUCGUGCCACUGAUAAUUUUGCUGAGACUGAAAAGCUUGGGGAGGGAGGUUUUGGUGGGGUUUACCGAGGUUUUUUACAGGAUUCAAACACAUAUGUUGCAGUAAAAAGGGUGUCAAAGAGUUCAAAGCAGGGGAUCAAAGAAUAUGCAUCUGAAGUCCGUAUCAUUAGCCGAUUGAGGCACAAAAACCUGGUGCAACUCACAGGUUGGUGUCACGAGAAAGGCAACCUUCUACUUGUUUAUGAGUAUAUGAAAAAUGGAAGUUUAGACUCACAUCUUUUCAAGGCAAAGACCCUGAUGACAUGGGCUACCAGAUUCAAAAUUGCCCAUGGCCUGGCUUCUGCUUUGUUGUAUCUACAUGAGGAAUGGGAGCAAUGUAUUUUGCAUAGAGAUAUUAAAUCCAGUAACGUGAUGCUGGAUUCGGAUUUCAAUGCAAAGCUUGGUGAUUUUGGGCUAGCUAAGCUGGUUGACCACGAGAAAGGCUUGCGAACUACAAAGAUGGCUGGAACGAUGGGUUACAUGGCCCCAGAAUGUGCAAUGACCGGAAAGGCAAGCAAAGAAUCAGAUGUUUUUAGUUUCGGAGUUGUUGCACUGGAAAUAGCUUCUGGAAGAAAACCAAUCGAUUACAAGGCUGAGGAAAAAAAAGUAUGGUUACUAGAAUGGGUUUGGGAGCUCUAUGGGACUGGGACCCUUUUAGAAGCGGUUGAUCCACUUCUAGGGUCAGAUUUCGAAGAAGAUGAACUCAAGACUUUGAUGAUCGUGGGAUUAUGGUGUGUGCAUCCUGAUCCAGAACAUCGCCCAUCAAUGAGACAAGCGAUUCAAGUACUGAACUCUGAAGCUUCAUUGCCUAUACUCCCCUCAAAGAUCCCUAUUUCGUCCUAUUGGACACCUUCCAUCCCUCAAAACACACCAUCAAGUAUGGUCUCUAAUAGAGAUUCUUCAAACCAGUCACUAUAUGUUGGUCGUUAA